AUGAAGAAUCUCUCACUGGCCCUCCAGGCCAGAUUCGCCUUCGGGAAGUUUGAGUGGGGACAUGCGUCGUCGUCUCGGCGGCCUUAUCAGAUCGCCCAGCUUGGCGCGGCCGAAGGGCACAACAGUCUUGGUAGUGGGAUGAUGGCGAUAGGAGGCGGCAGACACCCACUCGAUGCCCUUCUUGCCAAAGCCGCAUUUGUCGCACCCCGUGUGCGCCCACGGUCCUGCCGCUUCAGUGGCUCUCUUGAGGCUACCCAGGCUCACAAGACCAAAGGUUGUGGGCAUUCUGAGAACGGUUGUCGAGGACAGAGCGCGUGCGGAAGUGCUGUAAUGUUGGUGUGUCCCAUCGCGUUGAGCCCGUCCCAGGAACGAGCGAUUGGAAGAGCGCCCAAGGUCGCUUGUUGCAGCAUGCUUCAGCGAUCCAUACCCCGCAAGCAACAGAGAACUGAUGUCUCGUGGAUAUGGAAAUCACCCAUGGGAUUGUCAAUUGAAGACAUUUUUCGGCAUCUCAAACCAACAGCUUUGGGCGAACCAGUAACACCUCAGUUAGACCGAAUGCAGCCUGCAUCUGAGUCCUGGGGCGUGUCACGUGGGUCCCUCAAAGCCGCAACUUCCAAGAGGUGGCUCGGCUCUCCGGAGCCGGAGGCCGGGCAUGAGAGGCCAGUGCUGAAGCGCAUGGACCACCUCGUGGACCAGGUGAACUCGACUUCUCUCGUCCUUCUCUCUCCCAACGCAAGCAAUCCAUCACGUCUCGUUUUCGACUUUUCGCCCAUCCAUUCUCUCUCUAAUCAAAUUCUGUUCUUUGAACCUCUUGAGCCCCCCUUUUUUUUUUCGUCGCCUGGCCGUAUACUGAUACUCUGCCUCCUGGAUAGUCCCAGCAGCCGGCCAUUCGUGGCAAUCGUCAAUCUUCCAGAGCUAGUCUCUCAGUGUCCAGCGGGAUUGUUGUUUACUAACAUCUUGAAGGGUGGAAGAGUUCCCUCUGGCCGACGGGGCCAGCGUGUCGCCAGUGAGACCAUGGCUGUCGUGGUCUCGGGGGCUCCGGCCUCCGAGGCCAAACCCAAUCCGGUGUUUCUGGCAGAAAAGCUGGAGAAAAAGGUGGAGUUGGCGGCCCACUACGCCAAGCAACGAGACCACUUCGGCAAACUUGCCGAUAAAACUCUGAACGAGAUUGUCGAUCUCCAAGAAGAGAUUGCCGCCGCUCCCGCCAUGGCCGAUGGCAAGGCCAAAAUUCUGUCUCUUGCCAAGGAGCUUGCGGAGAAACGUGUCAAGGAGAAGCGGAACACUUUGGGGAAUCGAGAGUUCGUUUGCUGGUUUGCCCCAUUCAUCAAAAGAUCACGCUAA